GGAUCAUCAUGAUAUUUGGCAGUGCUCUUGCAAAAGAGCGUGUCUGCAAGAAAUACAGCCUGGUCGUGCGGUGGAUGAAGGUGCUUACAAACGAUUCGGAUUGCAAUGCUUAGAUCAUGUUUAUUGCCUCUGAUCGAAUUGAUAGGCACAGAGAGGGGCGCUGUUAAUGAUUAUUUUGAUUUUUUUGGGGGGGGGAUUGACACUUGCGUCAGAGAGUGAGAAACGCCCCUUGGCAGUGUGUACUGCCUGCAACACUCUGGACUCUAUCACAUAUUCCACAGGGAUAGACCGAGCUGGAUCCGUGUAGUGGAAGCAGGGCGCACAGAAACGGAGACAAAUGGCUGGGAUUUUGUAUACUGCGACUUCUAUUCUGUUUGGGAUUUCUACAUUUGUUUCCCCAGCACGGAUCUAUCCGCCGAAUGAAGUAACUUUGCUGGAUUCCAGAUCAGUUCAAGGAGAACUAGGAUGGGUAGCAAGCCCGACGGAAGGAGGGUGGGAGGAAGUCAGCAUCAUGGAUGAGAAGAACACCCCCAUUCGCACAUACCAGGUGUGCAACGUGAUGGAGCCCAGUCAGAACAACUGGCUUCGAACUGACUGGAUCGCCAGAGGAGGGGCCCAGCGGGUGUAUAUUGAAAUCAAGUUCACGCUGAGGGACUGCAACAGCCUGCCGGGGGUCAUGGGGACUUGCAAAGAGACCUUUAACCUGUAUUACUACGAGUCGAACAACGACAAGGAGAGGUACAUCCGGGAGAACCAGUUUGGGAAGAUUGACACUAUUGCGGCCGACGAGAGCUUCACGCAGGUGGACAUCGGGGACCGGAUCAUGAAGCUGAACACGGAGGUGAGGGACGUGGGGCCUCUCACCAGGAAGGGUUUUUACCUGGCCUUCCAGGACGUCGGAGCCUGCAUCGCCCUGGUGUCGGUGCGCGUCUUUUACAAGAAGUGCCCCCUCACUGUCCGCAACCUGGCCCAGUUCCCUGACACGAUCACCGGGGCCGACACCUCGUCCCUGGUGGAGGUGCGGGGGUCCUGCGUCAACAACUCCGAAGAGAAAGAUGUGCCAAAAAUGUACUGUGGCGCAGAUGGAGAAUGGCUAGUGCCCAUUGGCAACUGCUUGUGCAACCCUGGCUACGAGGAGCGGAACGGGGAAUGCCAAGCUUGCAAAACUGGCUACUACAGAGCCCUUUCAUCGGAUGCAUCGUGUUCCAAGUGUCCACUGCAUAGCUACUCUGUCUGGGAAGGGUCUACCUCCUGCACCUGUGAUAAAGGCUACUUCAGAUCAGAGACGGACCCUGCUUCCAUGCCUUGUACAAGGCCCCCUUCUGCUCCUCAAAACCUGAUCUCCAAUGUGAACGAGACCUCUGUUAAUCUGGAAUGGAGCUCCCCCCAGUACACAGGAGGCCGGCAGGACAUCACCUACAACGUGGUGUGCAAACGCUGUGGCGCUGACCCCGCCAAGUGUCGGCCCUGUGGCAGUGGGCUCCACUUCACUCCCCAGCAGCUCAGCCUGAAGGGCACCAAGGUCUCCAUCAACGACCUGCAGGCUCACACCAACUACACCUUUGAGAUCUGGGCGGUGAAUGGGGUGUCCAAGCAGAGCCCCAGUCAGGAUCAAGCUGUGUCCGUUACUGUGACCACCAACCAAGCAGCCCCUUCUCCUGUUACCUCAAUUCAAGCUAAAGAUAUAACAAGACAUACAGUCUCCCUCUUUUGGCAAGAGCCUGAGAGGACUAAUGGAGUCAUCCUGGAAUAUGAGGUCAAGUACUACGAAAAGGAUCAGAAUGAGCGGAGCUACCGCAUCGUGAAAACAGCGUCUCGGAAUGCCGAAAUCAAAGGCCUCAACCCCCUGACGUCCUAUGUGUUCCAUGUACGCGCCAGGACCGCGGCGGGCUACGGCGAGUUCAGCAAUCCUUUCGAAUUCAUGACCAACUCCGUUCCGUCGGCCAUCAUUGGUGAUGGAGCCAAUCCCACAGUCCUGUUGGUCUCCGUGGCUGGGAGUGCUGUUCUCCUCAUCAUUCUCAUCGCGGCCUUUGUCAUCAGCAGGAGGAGAAGCAAAUACAGCAAGGCCAAACAAGACGCAGAUGAGGAGAAGCACUUACACCAAGGUGUUAGAAUAUAUGUUGAUCCCUUUACUUACGAGGAUCCCAACCAGGCUGUUCGAGAGUUUGCCAAAGAAAUCGAUGCGUCUUGCAUUAAGAUCGAAAAAGUCAUUGGAAUUGGGGAGUUUGGAGAGGUGUGCAGUGGACGGCUGAAAAUGCCAGGGAAAAGAGAAAUCUGUGUGGCCAUCAAGACCCUGAAGGCCGGCUAUACGGACAAGCAAAGGCGGGACUUCCUGAGCGAGGCGAGCAUCAUGGGACAGUUUGACCACCCUAACAUCAUCCACCUGGAGGGAGUCGUGACCAAAUGUAAACCUGUAAUGAUCAUCACAGAAUACAUGGAGAAUGGAUCCUUGGAUACAUUCCUUAGGAAAAAUGAUGGGAGAUUCACAGUCAUUCAGCUGGUCGGAAUUCUGCGUGGAAUAGCUUCUGGAAUGAAGUACCUCUCUGACAUGAGCUACGUGCAUCGGGAUCUGGCUGCUCGGAAUAUUCUGGUUAAUAGUAACUUAGUCUGCAAAGUGUCAGACUUUGGGAUGUCUAGGGUUUUGGAAGAUGACCCAGAGGCAGCUUACACUACAAGGGAAAUAACAGGAACAUAUCAAUCACAGGGUGGGAAAAUACCAAUCCGAUGGACAGCCCCAGAAGCAAUUGCAUAUCGGAAGUUCACCUCAGCCAGUGACGUGUGGAGUUAUGGGAUUGUUAUGUGGGAAGUGAUGUCAUAUGGAGAGAGACCUUACUGGGAUAUGUCCAACCAGGAUGUAAUCAAAGCCAUUGAGGAGGGGUACCGCUUGCCCCCACCUAUGGACUGCCCUGUUGCUCUGCACCAGCUGAUGCUCGACUGCUGGCAGAAGGAGCGCAGCGACAGGCCCAAGUUUGGACAGAUCGUCAACAUGCUGGACAAACUGAUCCGCAACCCCAACAGCCUGAAGAGAACGGGCGCAGAGAACACAAGACCCAACACGACACUCCUUGAUCCCAGCAGUCCUGAAUUUUCCUCACUGGGGUCUGUGGGCGACUGGCUUCAAGCCAUCAAGAUGGAAAAAUAUAAAGAUAACUUCACUGCCGCUGGGUAUACCACUCUGGAAGCUGUAGUACACAUGAACCAAGAGGACAUGGGCAGAAUUGGAAUUACUUCAGCUGCACACCAGAGCAAGAUCCUGAGCAGUGUCCAAGGAAUGCGGACCCAAAUGCAACAGAUCCAAGGACGAAUGGUUCCUGUCUGAGCCCAUAAUUAAUAAAAACUCAAAACUUUUUUUAAGAAAAACAAAUUAGUUUACCUCAUCCAUGCACUUUAAUUGAAAUAAAAGAAAAAAUGGCACUUUUACAACUUCAUCCCUGCCCUUUGAUGUUAGGAUAUUUUUGUUUGAAGCAUUGUUUGUUUGAUGACAGCGUUCUGAAUUUAAGGGCCUUAAUGGAGUGCCUACAGCAUAAUGGUGGAAGGCGAACAUCAUUCUCUUUUUUGGCAAUUCUUGAACUUUGGCGAAGAACCAUGGACGUGAUUUUAUAAACUGUUCAAAUAUUUCAAAUUUGCUGCCAUACGUUGUCUACAGCUGAACUUUAAUCACUGUUAUGUCUGUUGGGUGAACUGCAAAAAAAGCAGCUUUUUUAAAAAAAAAGAAAGCAUUUCCUCAGGAUGUCACAAAAAAUGUUUUAGAUCUGAUCGGAAAUAGUUGCCAAUUCAGUACAACGAGGUCUUCUCCUGAGCAGAAUCUGCUUUCAUGAUGGAAUUCUGGGACCUGCAUCCAAAGUUGCAAAGUGUUUGAUCGAACAUCACUGAACAUGCCCGUCGACUGCUGGGGAGAAGAACAGUUGUCUGGGCCUCACAAUUGGAAAAACAAUUAAAACAAGAAACUCUCGGUUUCAGCCUUUUGCAGCUUUUUAUCAAGUUUUACCGUCACUUCAAAUGACCACUAAACAUUCCUGCAAGAGUGAACUGUUGCAUGUUGGUGAAAAAUAUCUUGCCUUACUCAUCUGAAAGAGCCAUCCUUGUUGCAUUAUGUUUCUUUCAGGAGAACUAAUCUAACUGCCUGACCCGAUGAAAGUCACAACCCUAUCUCAAAACAG